GACGUAAGGGGCGUGCCCGCGCAGUGAUGAUGGCGGUGCGUGAACGCGCGGCGGCAGUAAUGGCUGCUCUGAGUCGGCGGGUUCCGAGUCUCGAUGAUUUCGCGGGCCAGAGCUGGAGCUCCUGGGUCGAGAGGGCGGACAUCUCCGUGUCGGAUGGGGUUGAUGCUGAGGAGUGGAGCAAAAAUGGGAAGAAGAAGGCGGAAUCGAUGACUCUUGUCAAGGAGGACAUGGCUAUCUUCGGGCAAUGCCCAGCACACGAUGACUUCUUCCUGGUGGUGUGUAACCACUGCGGCCAGGUGGUCAAGCCUCAGGCCUUUGAGAAGCACUGUGAAAGGAGACACGGGCCUCUGAACAAGCUGUACUCCCGCCUGCACCCCACCUCGUCCCCCUCCGCACCCCCCCAGAAACCCCGGUCAGGGAACCCUCAGUCCCAGCACGUGACCCCCAAAGCAGUACGGGAGAGGCUGCAGCAGGGGGGCGGCACCCCCAAACCCCAAACCCAGCCAGCGCAACUAGAACCGGGGCAGAAACCAGCCAGUGUGCAGAAGGAGCUUUGUUACUUUGUCCCCGUGGUGAAUUUAGAGAAGAUCCCCUCCCUCACCCAGCCUGAAGGUGCCUGUGUCAAGCUGGGCUCGCGCCCCAACACUCAGCCCGCUCCGCCGCCCCCCCCCUCCCCCAGAGAGACGCUCCGACUGCACGGGCCUGCGGGGAGGGGCCUCUCGGAGUUCCCCCUCGCAGAGAGGGCCCCGAGCCGGAGAGGAGACACGACCCCUGGCCCUGAACCCAGCAACGCGGCGCGCAGCGGCCACAAGACUUACAAGAAGAUCUCCAAGAAAGAAUGUGACCUGGACAGACAUUGCGGCGUUCUGGACCCUGAGAAAAAGAGACUGUGUACUCGAGUGCUGACCUGCAAGAUUCACUCCAUACACCAGCGGAGGGAGGUGGCGGGCCGUACGAAGGGCUUUGACCAGCUGGUGGCGGAGCUGAAGGCGGGUUCGAGGGGGCGCGAGGCAGCGGGCAGGGAGAGGGGGGUCCCGUCCAGAGAGGGGGGUACUGUCCGCUCCCCCAGCUGGGACCAGGGCCCCGAGACCCCCGCGGGACUGACCCCAAACUGCAGGAGGAGGCUCACCAGCUGCACAGCACUCAGGUCCAGGGCGUCAUCGGGGAGCGACCCCGAGGAGAGCAGCGCCCCCUGGGGGGAGGCAGACGCCCGGCCCCUGCACCCCUUCCCCACGCUGUGGCCCCACAGCCACCUGUCCAGCGAGGAGAGUGAGGGGCAGGAGGAGGAGGAGGCAGAGAAACCAGACUGGCACUACUCCGCUCUGCAUCCCAAACCGCUGGGGCUGUGCACAUUCGGGGGCCGCUCCCUGGGGCGGGGCUGCUUCGUCUUCAACAGGAGGCUGGACCGGCUCCGCUCGGCGCUCAGCUCCAUGGUGGAGCGGCACGUCAACUCGCACAUGUGGAAGAAAAUACCUCAAGCAGCUGACCUCCAGUCACAGCGUACCUCGGCACCCAUCCCAGCACCCUCCUCUUCUUCGUCCUCUUCCCAGCAUUCCUCUGCUGCUGGUUCCUGUCUUCCAGCCAUCUCUCCCUUGAGGACUUCCUGUUUUAGCUCCUCUGGAGUUUCUAAGCAGUGCACAGCAGCCUCCCCAAACCCUGGCACUGCCUGCGGGCUUUCAGAUUCCACGGGGGGCAGAAGCCAGUCCAUAGUGUCCCCGAUAGCUGCCAACACCCCCUCCCCGUCUGCUCUGAGCAGGACCCCCACCCCUGCCACUAAAGCCAGCAGGUCAUCCAGGAUAAAGGGGGCACCAAACCUGGAGCACAACGCCGCUUCCCGGAAGAGGAAAAAGCCGCCCCCUGCGAGCGAGGACCCGGCGCCUAACAAGAAGAACUGUCUGCUUCAGGACGGAGGCAGGACGCCUAUAUCCGGGUCCUCGGAACACCCGUCAAGGACCGCCCCCUCCCCUCACAGACCGCUCAAUGGAGCAAUCUCCCCCGGCAACAAGCCUCGCCCCCAGCCGGCCCCGACGGAAGCGCCCCCUGGCCCCAUUUUUUUCAAACGGACCCCCCACCCCCAUUCGGGGCCACACACCCCCAGGCCGCCCCCUCCCAAGGACCCCGCCUCCAGGGCCAAGGCAGUUACCGCCAACAGCAAGGGUUUGAACUGUGACCCCAAGGGGCUGGGGAAGAAACGGAAGAGCAGGCCCCCUGCUCCCCCCGAGCCCAUACCUGCCAAACCCAGCCGCUCAGCCACCUCCUCCGACAGCAACUUCUUCCAGAAGAGAAAGGACAGCAAGGGAGGGAUCUCAGCCGGGCUGGAGAGGAAGCUCAGCCUGCACAAGUCGAAGCUGCAUCACUGACAGAGUGCCUGCCUUUCAAACCAGCCGGGGAUGCAAUCUUCAGAGAUCCAUUGCCACAGACGGACCGGAUCGGACACUGGAUUCGUGCGUGCGUGCGUGUGUGCGUGCGUGUGUGUGUGUGUGUGUGUGUGUGUGUGUGUGAGUGCGUGACUCUGAAUGGGGAGUGUUUGUGUGUAUGAAGUGUGCGUGCGCCUGAUUGAACUGUGUCCAAAUAUAGAAAUACCUCAAGACUUUUACCUGUUAUGCUGCUACACAGAACGUGCGUUGAAUUAAAAAAGGAAACCGAAGGGUUGAAAGAUCCGAAUGCCACUGAGAACUGUUGCUUUUUCUAUUCAUAAAAACAUU